CCCGUAGGUUGUGUCCACAAAUUACAAUGUGUGUGCACCGGUGCAGUACGUAAACUACAAUCUGUUAUCAUGCAAGGGCAAAUUAAGUGAUGUUAUAUGUGAAGAAAGCAAAAGGUUCUUGAGACACAUAUUAAAAUGAAAGCAAUAGGAGAGACACUGCAGACUGUGAAAGUCAAAGGUGUGGCAACCUUAGGGCUCUGUUUAUUGAUAGCCUUUCUGCUACGACCCCAGGAUAGUUAUAAGCUUCAGCCAUCUUGGGUAAAAGAAAGGUCGGAAUCAGAGACACAAGAAGAUUUUGAUGCUUAUAAUAUAGAUAUACAGCUUCCACCCCCUGUGAUUACAGACCUUGAAAGUGAUGGAGUCAAUGAAGUGGUUUUGAUUCUUCACAACAGUGGGGGCCAGUUUAACUUGGAGAUUCUUGCGACGCCUGAAACCCCAGUGGCCAGCGUUCAGCAGACUCUCCCACAUGUGGAGGUGAGAAAAGAAGUAGUGAUGCCAAUUGGGAAGCGAAAACACCAGAAAUUUGAUCAAAUAAGUGUUCCUGUUGCCAUGGCAACUGGAUACCUGGAGGAGUAUCAGUCCAUGGUUCAAGUAAGAAAACAGGUGAUCGUCAUAGUAACCAGUGACUGGCGUGUACUGUGUUACGAUCAUGAACUCAAUCUGUCUUGGCAAAAGCAGUUAAUAAACACACACGGCACCAGGGGGCGCUAUCAUCUGAAAGCCAUGGGGGCGCUAGUGUUACCACUUCAGCUGAAGAAGAACGACAAGGGAGUUAUUAUUGUGGGUGGAUCUUAUGAACAUGCAACGCACGAUGCUGAGGAAUUAAGGUUUGUGGCUAGUUAUGGAGAUCACUAG